AUUUUAAUCAGUCGUGUCCUGGUGUUACAUACAUUCAGAGCUCAUUUUUGUGACUGUGGCUAUAAUGGAAAUGUUUUUUCAGCAGAUUUCCAGCACAGGUAUAAUACUUGCUGCUGUGUUGUUGUUUUUGCUUAUGUAUUUUUUCUCCAUCGGCUCCAGCUCUCAAAAUGAAGGAAAAGAGCCUCCAGGUCCUAAACCAUUACCACUGCUGGGAAACCUGCUCACACUGGACCUUAAGCAAACCCACGUGAGUCUCACCAAGCUGUCAAAACAAUAUGGGUCAGUUUUCAAGGUGUACUUUGGCCCCAAAAAAGUCAUAGUAUUGGCAGGAUACAAGGCCGUCAAACAGGCACUCGUGAACCUUUCAGAGGAGUUUGGAGACAGAGAUAUCACCCCUAUAUUUCAUGAUUUUAAUCAGGGAAUGGGGAUCGUGUUUUCCAAUGGUGACAACUGGAAAGAAAUGAGACGCUUUGCUCUCUCAAACCUACGAGACUUUGGAAUGGGAAAGAGAAAAAUUGAGGAGAAAAUCAUUGAGGAAUCUCAGUUUUUAAAAGAAAAAAUUGAGACGUUUAAAGGAAAAGCGUUUGAUUCAUCACAGCCCAUGGGUUUUGCUGUAUCAAAUAUCAUCUUUUCCAUUGUCUACGGCAACAGAUUUGAUUACAGCGACUCUCGCUUACAUGAAAUGCUGAAUAGCGCUUAUGAAAACAUGAAAAUAACAGGUUCAGCUUCAAUUCAGCUUUAUAACUUGUUCCCUUGGCUUCGACCUUUUGUGAAGAAUCAGCAGCGUAUCAUGAACAACCUCCAGGGGAACUACAAAAAAAGUGACAAAAUAUUACACGACCUCAAGAAGACUUUAAACCCUCAGGAACCCAGAGGAUUUGCUGAGUCUUUCCUUAUACGGCAACAACAGGACAAGGACUCUGGAGAAACUGGGAGUUUUUUCCAUAUGAAGAAUCUGUUUUAUACUAUAAACAACAUGUUUGCUGCUGGUACCGACACUACGAGUACAACACUACGCUGGAGUCUUCUGCUAAUAACUAAAUAUCCUGAAAUACAAGCCAAGGUACAGGAGGAGAUUGACAUGGUGAUCGGUGGACGUCAGCCUGUGGUGGACGACAGGAAGAAUUUGCAUUACACAGAUGCUGUGAUCCAUGAAGUACAGAGAUUUGCCAGCAUAUUUCCCAUAAGUGUCCCCCGCAAGACCAGCUGUGAUGUUCACCUUAAUGGAUACUUCAUCAAGAAGGGCACCACUGUGUACCCAUUUUUGACAUCUGUGUUGAAAGAUGAAAGCGAGUGGGAGACGCCCCACACCUUCAAUCCAGGACACUUUCUGAAUGAGGAGGGACACUUUAUCAAACGAGACGCUUUCUUACCCUUCUCUGCAGGCCGCAGAGUUUGUCUAGGGGAGGGUUUGGCCCGGAUGGAGCUCUUUCUCUUCUUCACUUCUCUCCUUCAGUAUUUUCGUUUCACUCCUCCUCCUGGAGUCUCUGAAGAUGAAUUGGAUCUCACUCCAGUUGUGGGCUUCACACUGAAUCCAUCACCUCACAAACUGUGUGCAGUCAAACGGUUUUGAUUUCUGUGGUUCUGCAAAUUGACUCAAAGCUAUGAUUUCAAGGGGGUGGAGCUGAAUAAUGCCAUUCAAUAAGAGCAUGACCAGGGGCCCGUUUCAAUAAGGAGGUUCAACCAACUCUGAGUUUAAACUUGAACUCUGAGUUGACUUACUCAAUCGACUCAGAGUAGGUUGACUCUGAGUUAAGCGCGUGCACAGCCACAAUGAAAAGCCAUCAUCAAUUGAGCUCAGAUUUUACGAUUUACCAUGACAACAGCACAUGACAAAGAGGUCUUAAUCAUUUUUACUACUAAAAUUGAAGGUGUUACUGCAAGUGUAAUGCAACUACGAGCAUAUAUUUUAAAGAAAAGAGUUGUUUUUGUAAAUUGCUACUCUAGUAAAUGCGUACAUUUAAUUUUUCUUCACAGUUAAAAUAUCCGAAGUAAAUAAACUGAGGACUGUACGUUAUUAUAUUCAUUUACAUGCAGAUGCAAUCCCAUGGACAAAAAGAUGACAGCAGUUCAGCUAAAAUAAAAUUAAGCAUAAUACUUUGUCAUAUAAGGCUACGAACUUUACAAAUGUUUGUCAUGAAAAAAACAAAAAUUCGCACAGCCGGGAUUCGAACUCCGAUCGCCGACGAUACGUCUGGCCCAACUACUGCACACAGCACUACCCACUAGACCAGCGAUAAUGACAAGUGGAUAUGUAAGAAAUGUCAAGACAACUGUAUAGAUGUAAGAGCACCACAAAGAGUGAUAUUAGUCAUAUAAGGAUAUUUAUAUAUCUAAAAUGACUGCAAAAAAUAAUAAUUUCGCUCACAUAAAUGUAAGUGGAUAUGACAAAAAAACACUCGGGGUCUCAAAAUCCACUCGCAACAUAAAUCUAACUUUCUACAAAUGAAUGCAACAUCAUCAUCUACAGGAUUCUCUAUAAAAGUACAUGACAUUUUAGUCACUAAAAUCAUAUUAGCUUUACAAGUCAUUUCAAUUUACUGUUUUAAUUUUUUAGUUGAAAGUUUAGUGUAAUAUAUAAAUAUAUAAAGUAGUAAGUUAAAAUGGUUUGCACUGGCAAUUUAAUUAUAACUUAAAGACAGCUAAAAAUAUUUUACAGUGUACAUAAUAAAAAUGUGCGCAAUGAUUGAAUGUAACUUACUAAAGCAACUUACAAGAUUAAACACCGCUACUCCUUUAAAAAAGGGGAGGAGACCACAAGAAACUCAGAGUUUACAGGAUAAAACCUGCUCCCGACCAGGUUAGGUUCACAGAGUAUGUUACUCCGGAAACAGACUCUGAGUAUAAGUUACCUCUCCUUCUGAAACAGGCUUGACUUACCCCGCUGUCUCAGGUUUAACCUACCUCCCUUUUUGAAACGGAAAACUCAGAGUUUCCCUUAUUUCAGGGUUAACAAACUCAGAGUUUGCACUUAACCACCUUUCUGAAACGGGCCCCUGAUCUUGAACUUGGGGGAGGGGGCAAAACAUUCAGGGCUAUAUGUGUAUUUUGUAUAUGUAUAUUAAAAAUAUCAAGUUUCUGAUUAUUGGGGAGGAGAUGUCCCCCUCACUGUCUAUUGUGGUUAUGGCCCUGCCAUACAAAGUAAAUCAUUAUACAAAUACUCGAAUGUUCUUAUGAUCAUUAUUGUUCGGCAAUACCAUUUAAGCAAUGCAAUAAAUAUGUUUGUCUUGUAAUUUUUGUAUGUCUGUGAUAAACUACACUAAAAUUUAUCAGACAUUAUGGAAGUUUUGGAGUGAAGAAAUAAAUGUUCUUUGUCACUUCCUGUAAAUUAUGUCAUCAGGGAACUUAAGCUGUUACAGUUUCACAAUGUAAAAAUUAGCCAAUUCUUCUAUCAAAACUACACUACUAUUGUAACUACUAUUGUCAACACACAUCAUGUUUACUUAUUUUGAUUGAUUCAUAAUCAAAAUAAAAAAUAAUAAGAUGCAA